CUUCCACAGUUUGUGGUGAGGCUGCGUGAUAAACAGAUCUGUUCACACCAACUAGCAGGGCUGCCUGCGUCAAUAAAAGGAGGUAGCAGUCGGGGAACUGGCAUUUGGCGCUUGGAGGAUUAUCGCUGCGCAAGGCGCUUCGCAUCAAGGCUAAGUAAAAUGCCAGGAUUAUUUUUCUCCCACCACAACAUGAAUGAAUUAAAUGGAAAAGACGACUGCAAGCUUGCAGAAGGCAAAAUCCAUAAAAAGAAGCAAAAGGCUUUUGGUGCAGAUCUCAAGAAUUAUUUGAAGUGCAUGGUCCCGCAUCUUGAAUCUGGGAUUAAGGCUUCCAACUCUAGAAAUGUCGUGCUUUCUGCAGAGGAAGUAAUACAGUGGUCCCAGUCUUUGGAAAAGCUCUUGGCUAGCCAAAGUGGUCAAGGUGUCUUUCGGGAGUUCCUGAAGUCAGAGUUCAGCGAGGAGAACAUUGAGUUCUGGCUGGCCUGUGAGGAUUACAAGAAAACCAAGUCUGAUCACUUACAUGGCAAAGCAGAGAGGAUUUAUGAGGAGUUUGUCCAGUCAGAUGCUAUUAAACAGAUCAAUAUUGACUAUCGUAUGAGAGAAGCGACAGCCAAAAGGGCUCAAGACCCAACUCACACAAGUUUUGAUGAAGCCCAGAAAACUGUGUAUGUCCUUAUGGAAAGGGAUUCAUAUCCCAGAUUUUUGAAAUCCAAAGCCUACCUGAACCUUUUGAACCAACUGCAGACCAACAGUUCAAAAUAAAGGGGCUGAGAUAAUGAAGAGGCAAGUAGACUCUGUGUCAAAUAUCCCACGGAAGCAUCCUCCAGGAUGUCUGGAUCUUGGCUAGGAGAAUGCCCUUCCUGGGAGGAGGCACAAGUGAGAUGCAAACAGCUCCAUGGCCAAGAGAAGGCAGGAUAAAAGCUAACAAGACUGUUACAAGGGCAAGAGCAGUACAUGGAGAAAAUCCUCUCCUGCAAUACAUCAUGGAAACGAGACAGGAUCUGGAUGCUAUUUAUUAAUGGAACUCCACUGUGAACAUUGAACCAAGUCUUAGAUCCCAAAGAACUGCUGGUUAUUAGGAAGCACAAGAUUAGCAAGCUGAGCGUUGGGAAAAGAUGAUCAAGUUCAGAAGAAAAAUAAGGACAACUGACAACCUUGUGCAUAACAAGAAAAUGCCCAGACAAGACUGUUUAAUGACUUUUUAAAAAAAUAUCUGUGAAGUGUUAGUAAGUGCAAGCGCAGCUCCAUGAUAAUAUUGUACUAUGUAUAUAUUAUAAAUUGACUUAUUUUAAAAUUGAUACAUUUUAAGUUAUAUAAGAAUUAUAUAAGCUGUACUUUUUUUUUUUUUAAAGUUUGUAUUCAA